UUGCCCUUUAUUUUUAUGGAUGGAAAUAAAGGAUUAUGGGCCUUGUUUCACUAAAAAAGAACAUUUGAAAGUCCAAUAACCACAAAGCAAGUUUACUUCUUGUUUAUGUGUGUGUGUGUAUGUAACCAGCCUUGUUUGGCUCAGUCUCAGUGAAACCUUAAUCGGAAAAGUGAAUAACAAUGGCGGCUGAAGAUCGUAUACACGCCUUGUUCACCAACCUCGAAGCUCGACACUCCCUGCUCACCACCAUAACUCACCUCCACAAAACCCUAACCAGUCACUUCACCAACAUUCAAACCUCUCUCACUAACAAGUCCGAAGCCCUCGAUGAACACAUCAAAAACCUCAAGGAAAAUACCGAAAAUGCCCUUAUAAAGCUACAGAAUCGCGAGGAUGCACUGCCUGAUAAGGAAUCCAGCAUGGCAGCUCGGAUUGUUGAGAUGAAGGAGGAGGCGGUGAAGGAGAUUGAGAGUUCGCAAGGUUUGGGUGAGGAUUUGAGUGAUAAGAGCUUGGAGGAAGUGCUGGGGGUUUAUUGUAGGAGAAUGGAUGCGAGUGGUCUUGUUAGAUUUAUUCAGACUAAGAGAAAGGAGUCUAUUGGUUUGAGAGCCGAGAUUGGCGCUGCACUUCAAUGUUCACUUGACCAAAUGAGAUUGAUCUUGGAUGCAGCGGAGGAGUUUGUGGGGAUGAAGGUAGAGGGGAAGACGGUACUGUCAGAUAGGAGGUGGGCUUAUGAUAUGUUAAUUCAGUCAGUUGUGCCGUCUGCGGAAGGGGGUUAUGGUGCGGGGAGGAGUUUGAAGGAGAGGGCAGCAAGGGUGCUGGAGAAAUGGAAGGGAGUUUUGGGUGGUGGGGACAGGGGCAGUGGAGUUUGCGCUGCUGAAGCAACAAUGUUUUUGCAGUUGGUCAUAACAUUUGGGCUAAAAGAGAGGUUUGAGGAGGAGUUCCUAAGGAAGCUGAUACUAGAGUUUGCUAACAGGAAAGAUAUGCCAAAGCUUGCUGUUGUUACCUUUGGCUCUGGGAACAAAAUCGUAGAUAUUAUUGAAGAGCUGGUGAAGACCGACAAAGAUGUUGAAGCAGUAUAUUUUGCUUCAGAGGCUGGAUUAACAGAGAGAUACCCUCCGCUCUCACUUCUUAGGUCAGCUCUCAGGAGCUGCCGAAGAAAUGCUAAUAACAUAUCAAAGAAGGGAAAAUUUAGUUCAUCUGCAGUGGACAAAGCUAACACCAUAGAGUUGGAAGCUACUAAGGCUUUAAUAAAAUGUGUGGAAGAUCACAAGCUUGAAGAAGAAUUUUCUUUGAAUGGACUUAAAAAACGGGUGACUGAGUUGGAGCUGGCCAAAGCAAAAAGGAAGAAGAGCACAGCUCCUGGGAACAAGCAUAUAAAAAAGCGGGGUCGUAGCUCUGGCAAGGCCAGUGACCCGUCCACCUCUCGGCAUGGUAAAUCUGGAAGGUUGUCAAAUGCCUCUCCUUCUUUCAGCUCCAGGAAUCCUCCACCAGCUAGAUAUGCAGGAGCACAUAGCUACACCAGUCAGACUGUAUAUGAGGCACCUAGCACGGUCUCAUAUGCUCCAGCUUACAGUGGGGCUCACGCCAAGAGUUCGGUUGCACUUCCUCCACAUUAUGCACUUCAAGAAGCUGGAGCUUAUAGUGGCACUCACACUCAAAGUCCAGCAACACUUGCUCCACAAUAUGGAUAUGCACAUCAAGAUGCUGGAGUUGAUGGAGGGCGGAGUUAUCAUGGAUCAUAUGGAGGGGAGACUGGUUAUAGUGCAUAUGAUUAUACUCUCGCUGCUACUGCCUCUGCAUACCCACCUUCAUACCCCCCACAGUAGUACUGACUACUCAAAAAGAAUCAGAUGACAUUUGGAGCUGCACCUUCUGUUUCAUACAUGGAAGGUAUAAUUUUAACAUGUGGGUCCACCCACAGUUUGCGGUUUCUUAUUUUUUGGGCCACACUUUUUGACUGGCUCUUUACAAGUAAAGCUAUAAAGAUUGUUCCUCUCGCUAUCCUUUGCUCCUUUGUGUUGUAUUUGGAUGUCGAGGAACUACAUUAUUAACUCAUUUGGCAGAAGUAGGUUUGUUAAUUUGUAAGUUCAGUUUACUUCUCUUAUGUCAAUUGCCAUGAGCAAAUAGAUACUAGUUUUAGACGAGUAAAGUUAAACAACAGCGUAAUGCGACAAAAAUGAUAUCUUUCUAGCAAAUGUGUUUUAAAGCAAGUGUUAAAUUGAUGGUCUCUCUUUUUUUUUUUUAAAGCUCAGUAGUCAGUACUAUGUUAUCAUAAUUACUUUUGUUUAUUUGUUUGUGUUACAGAUUAUGAUGCUUCACUAUCUGGUUGGUAAAACUCAUUUGUUUUGACUUACUUGUUCCAUUGAAGCAAAAGUGUGUGUGAUGCUCUAUGUAUAUAGAAAUUUUGUUGGUUGGAGAACUUUGGGGCGUCUACAUGUUAUUAGUAUAAAUUUUUUUUUUCUGAAUUUUGUAGCUAACACCAGUAGUGUUUUUGAAUGUUACUGCAAUUAUUUAUAAAGUAAAUUUGUCCCUGCAGGUGCAGGUUCUGAGAAGAAGUGUUACAAAUGGAUGUCAAUUAACCUUUUCUGUAGCAUGUUUUAGGGUGUACCUUAAAUGCGAAAACUAUGUAUAGUUUAGUGAGGAAUGGAGUGAUUCAUUUGAACUUUUGAGUCUGUAACCAUCUUAAGUUGUUACUUUCUACAUUAUGAAGAAAUCAGUACGAGAUUUUUCA